AUGUCGGGCUACCCAGGAGGCGGUGGUCAUCAAGACUACGACGAUGGCUACGGCCAUCAGGGAGGUCACAACACGGACUCCUAUUACCAAGAUGAGCAGCAUGGCCAGUACUAUGACCAUGACGGCUACGACAACAACAACAACAACAACAAUAACGCCAAUCACGAUGGCUACUACGAUCAAUCUGGUUACUACAAUGCCGACAGCCAGAACCCUUACCACCAGGACGGCGGCUACUACGACAACAAUGACCAGUACCAAGAUGACUACUACAACCAAGAUGGGCAGUAUCACGACCAAGGAUAUCAGCAAGGCCGAGGUCAUGGCGAAGACGAAUCCGAGACCUUCAGCGACUUCACCAUGCGCUCUGAUAUGGCACGUGCUGCCGACAUGGACUACUAUGGACGCGGUGAUGAGAGAUACGACAGCUACAAUGGUGGUGAUCGUGGCUUCCGUCCUCCCUCGUCUCAGAUCUCUUACGGUGGUAAUCGAUCGUCCGGUGCGUCGACUCCCAACUACGGCAUGGAUUACGGAAAUGUCUUGCCUGCUGGGCAACGCUCCAAGGAACCCUACCCUGCCUGGACAUCCGAUGCUCAAAUCCCCCUUUCCAAGGAAGAGAUCGAGGACAUUUUCCUGGAUCUAACCGGAAAGUUUGGAUUCCAGCGGGAUAGCAUGCGCAACAUGUACGACCAUCUCAUGACGUUGCUGGACUCGAGGGCGUCUCGCAUGACUCCCAACCAGGCCCUUCUCUCGCUCCAUGCCGACUACAUCGGUGGUGACAAUGCCAACUACCGAAAAUGGUACUUUGCCGCCCACCUUGACCUGGACGAUGCUGUUGGCUUUGCCAAUAUCAAGGGCAAGGGCCGCAAGAAGUCCAAGAAGAGCAAGGCUCCCAAGGACGGCGCUGACGAACAACAAGCCCUAGAGGACCUUGAGGGAGACGACAGCUUGGAAGCUGCCGAGUACCGCUGGAAGACUCGUAUGAACCGCAUGUCUCAGCAUGAUCGAGUUCGACAGAUUGCCCUGUUCCUGCUAUGCUGGGGAGAAGCCAACCAGGUCCGUUUCAUGGCCGAGUGCUUGUGCUUCCUCUUCAAGUGCGCCGAUGACUAUCUCAACUCCCCUGCCUGUCAGAACAUGGUGGAGCAGGUUGAAGAGGGGACAUUUCUCAACAACGUCAUCACACCGCUGUAUCAAUAUUGCCGUGACCAGGGUUACGAGAUCUCCAAUGGUGUCUACGUCCGUCGCGAGCGGGACCACAAUCAAAUUAUUGGUUAUGAUGACUGCAACCAGCUCUUCUGGUACCCUGAGGGUAUUGAGCGCAUUGUUCUCGAGGACAAGAGCAAGCUGGUUGAUGUGCCCCCUCAAGAGCGUUACCUCAAGCUUAAGGACGUGAACUGGAAGAAAUGCUUUUUCAAGACGUACAAGGAGACUCGGUCCUGGUUCCAUAUGAUUGUUAACUUCAAUCGUAUUUGGGUUAUCCACUUGACCAUGUUCUGGUUCUUUACCGCCCACAACGCGCCAUCCUUGAUUCUGGGUAGCAAGUAUGAGCAGCAGGUUAACAACCAGCCAACAGCUGCCGCUCAGUGGUCGAUUGUUGGCGCAGGCGGUGGCAUUGCCUCUCUCAUCCAGAUCUUGGCUACUCUCGCCGAAUGGGCUUACGUUCCACGAAAGUGGGCGGGCGCGCAGCAUCUCUCUAAGCGUCUGGUCUUCCUCAUCGUCAUCUUCCUCAUCAAUGUCGGUCCCAGUGUCUACGUCUUUGGUAUCGAUGGAGCUCAGGACAAUAAGAUCGGCUUGAUUCUGGGUAUUGUCCAGUUCUUCUUCUCUAUUGCCAGCUUCCUCUUUUUCUCCAUCAUGCCCCUUGGUGGCUUGUUUGGCAGCUAUCUGGCCAAGAAGAACUCGCGCCAAUACGUGGCCAGUCAAACCUUUACGGCUAGUUGGCCUCGUCUUCGCGGCAAUGACAUUGCCAUGUCCUAUGGUAUGUGGGCCGUCGUUUUUGGUGCCAAGUUCGGAGAGUCCUACGUCUACUUGACGUUGUCGCUCCGUGAUCCUAUGCGUUACUUGUCUAUCAUGGACGUCAGCUCCUGCUUGGGAGAUGCAAUCAUUGGAGAUGUGCUUUGCAAGUACCAGCCCACGAUCACCCUGGCUCUCGUGAUCUUCACCGAUAUGCUCUUCUUCUUCUUGGAUACCUAUUUGUGGUACGUCAUCUUGAACACGGUCGGUUCGAUCGCCCGCUCCUUCUAUCUGGGUUCGUCUAUCUGGACUCCCUGGAGAAACAUCUUCUCCCGUCUGCCCAAGCGCAUCUAUUCCAAGAUCUUGGCAACUACCGAUAUGGAGAUCAAGUACAAGCCGAAGGUGUUGAUUUCUCAGAUCUGGAACGCCAUUGUCAUCUCCAUGUACCGCGAGCAUCUCCUGGCCAUCGAUCAUGUGCAGAAGCUCUUGUACCACCAGGUUCCGUCCGAGCAGGAGGGCAAGAGGACCCUUCGUGCCCCUACGUUCUUCGUCUCUCAGGAAGAUCACUCAUUCAAGACCGAGUUCUUCCCCAGCUACAGUGAGGCGGAACGUCGUAUUUCGUUCUUCGCACAGUCUCUCUCGACUCCCAUCCCUGAACCCCUCCCUGUGGACAACAUGCCUACUUUCACUGUCAUGAUUCCCCACUACAGUGAAAAGAUUCUGCUGUCGCUACGAGAGAUUAUUCGUGAGGACGAGCCCUACUCCCGUGUCACUAUGUUGGAGUAUCUGAAGCAACUGCACCCGCACGAGUGGGACUGCUUUGUCAAGGACACCAAGAUUUUGGCCGAUGAAACCUCGCAAUUCAAUGGUGAAGAUGAAAAGAACGAAAAGGACACCGCGAAGAGCAAGAUUGACGAUCUUCCCUUCUACUGUAUUGGUUUCAAGUCUUCCGCUCCGGAGUAUACACUGCGUACCCGUAUUUGGGCCUCGCUGCGCUCUCAGACUCUGUACCGUACAAUUUCCGGUUUCAUGAACUACAGUCGUGCCAUCAAGCUGCUGUAUCGCGUGGAGAACCCUGAGGUGGUCCAAAUGUUUGGCGGCAACUCUGACAAGUUGGAACGCGAACUUGAAAGGAUGGCUCGUCGCAAGUUUAAGCUCUGUGUUUCCAUGCAGCGCUACUCGAAGUUCAAGAAGGAAGAAAUGGAGAACGCCGAAUUCCUUCUCCGUGCCUACCCCGACCUCCAGAUCGCGUACCUCGAUGAGGAGCCACCAUUGGCCGAGGGUGAUGAGCCCCGUAUUUACUCUGCCUUGAUUGACGGUCACUCAGAAAUCAUGGAGAAUGGUUCGCGACGCCCCAAGUUCAGAAUUCAACUAUCUGGAAACCCAGUCCUCGGUGACGGAAAAUCCGACAACCAGAAUCACGCCAUCAUCUUCUACCGUGGAGAGUACAUCCAGCUCAUUGACGCCAAUCAAGACAAUUAUUUGGAGGAGUGUUUGAAGAUUCGAUCCGUCCUUGCUGAAUUCGAGGAAAUGAAGACCGAUAAUGUUUCGCCCUACACACCUGGCGUCAAGAACCAGGCGUUCGCUCCUGUUGCCAUUCUUGGUGCUCGUGAAUAUAUUUUCUCCGAGAACAUUGGUAUUCUCGGUGAUAUCGCUGCUGGAAAGGAACAGACAUUCGGUACCCUGUUUGCCAGAACCUUGGCCCAGAUUGGUGGCAAGCUUCAUUAUGGUCACCCUGAUUUCCUCAAUGGUAUCUUUAUGACGACCCGUGGUGGUGUUUCCAAAGCUCAAAAGGGUCUGCAUCUAAACGAGGAUAUUUACGCUGGUAUGAACGCUUUACUGCGUGGUGGUCGCAUCAAGCACUGCGAGUACUACCAGUGUGGUAAGGGUCGUGACCUUGGUUUUGGCUCCAUUCUGAACUUCACCACGAAGAUUGGUACUGGUAUGGGUGAGCAGAUGCUGUCUCGCGAGUACUACUACCUCGGUACGCAACUGCCUCUCGACCGUUUCCUCUCGUUCUACUACGCCCACCCUGGUUUCCACUUGAACAACAUCUUCAUCAUGCUCUCGGUCCAGGUCUUCAUGAUCACCCUUCUCAGCAUCGGUGCGCUCCGUCACGAGACCAUUGCCUGCGACUACAACACAGACGUCCCUAUUACGGACCCUCUGUACCCAACAGGCUGUGCCAACACCGACGCUUUGAUCAACUGGGUCUACCGCUGUGUUCUUUCCAUUCUUUUCGUCUUCUUCUUGUCAUACAUUCCCCUUUGUGUGCAAGAGCUUACGGAGCGUGGUCUUUUCCGUAUGGCGACACGUCUGGCCAAGCAGUUCUGCUCCUUCUCUCCCUUCUUCGAGGUGUUUGUCUGUCAAAUUUACGCCAAUUCGGUUCAAGAGGAUCUGUCCUUCGGUGGAGCUCGCUACAUCGGUACUGGACGUGGUUUUGCCACAGCGCGUAUUCCCUUUGGAGUUUUGUACUCCCGUUUUGCCGGCCCCUCGAUCUACUUCGGUUCUCGAUGCUUCAUGAUGUUGUUGUUCGCAACAAUGACCAUUUGGCAGUCAGUUCUGACUUACUUCUACAUUACGGUGCCUGCUCUCAUGGUUUCACCAUUCCUCUACAACCCCCACCAGUUUGCCUGGAACGACUUCUUCAUCGACUACCGUGAUUUCUUGCGCUGGCUGUCUCGCGGUAACUCGCAGUCUCACGCCGCCUCGUGGAUUGCGUACUGCCGUUUGUCUCGUACCAGAAUUACUGGUUACAAGCGCAAGGUCCUCGGUGACCCGUCCAGCAAGCUCUCUGCCGAUGUUCCUCGUGCCGGCUUCACCAAUGUCAUCUUUGGCGAAAUCAUCGCACCGCUGCUAUACGUGGCUGUCACCUUGAUUCCGUACUUGUUCAUCAACGCGCAGACUGGUGUUUUGGCCAACGACAAGAAUGCAAGUGCCACAAACUCCUUGAUUCGUGUCGCCAUUGUGGCCUUUGCUCCGAUCGCCAUCAACGCUGGAACCCUUGCCGCUAUGUUCGGUAUGGCCUGUUGUAUGGGACCGGUGCUCAGCAUGUGCUGCAAGAAGUUCGGUAGUGUCUUGGCCGCGAUUGCGCACGCAAUUGCUGUCAUCAUGUUGAUUGUCUUCUUCGAGGUCAUGUUCUUCCUGGAGGGUUUCGACUUCACCAAGACGCUUAUCGGCAUGAUUGCAGUCAUGGCUCUGCAGCGAUUUAUUUUGAAGCUCAUUAUUUCGCUUGCGCUGACUCGUGAAUUCAAGACGGAUCAAUCCAACAUUGCAUUCUGGACGGGCAAGUGGUAUUCUAUGGGUUGGCACUCGGUUUCCCAGCCUGCACGUGAAUUUCUCUGCAAGAUUACUGAGCUGAGUCUGUUCGCCGCCGAUUUUGCCCUCGGUCACAUCUUGCUGUUCAUCAUGCUGCCCUUCAUCCUCAUUCCGCAGAUGGACAAGCUUCACUCGAUGAUGCUCUUCUGGCUGCGCCCAAGUCGCCAGAUUCGUCCCCCUAUCUACUCAUUGAAGCAAUCCAAGCUUCGCAGGAGAAGAGUGAUCCGCUUUGCGAUCCUCUACUUUUCCAUGGUCGUUCUUUUUGUCGUGUUGAUUGCUGCCCCUAUCAUUGCUGGCUCGUACAUCCCCAGCAGCUUGACAAGCAGCAUCCCAAUGGAACUCUUACAGCCAACUGGACAGGAUAAUGACAAUACGCUGAAUGAGACCGAGACUGGAACAGGUGCUCAAUCAUACCACGGUAUCGCAGCAACCGGAACGGCUUCCAGCACGAAGUCUUCGAACAAAUUUCGAUUUGUUUAG